UCAGGAAUUAAACGAAACAAGAGGUUGUGAUUUUUAAAUGUGUUUAAAUAUAUUAUUUCAUCACAGAAGUCGAUGCUAAUGUGUAUAUACAAAUUUAUUUCUUGUUAAAUGUAUAUUUAAACGCAAGAAUGAAUAGUUUAUAGUCCUUACUUUUAAACUCUUGACGCGUCUCGCCUGUGAAACAACAUCCGGUGCGUCACUUCCGAAAAGUCCAUGCUAGGAGGCUGAUUUAGCCUGAGCUGGGUCCACAGACUGAGACAGCUCUACCUGAAACACUCUACAACUCUGUUUAUCUCCACGCUACUGGACCAAUCUCUUGAAGCCGUUGUGUAUUUUAAGUGCAUUAAUCAACCUGCAAAUAUCCCCGGACAGUCGAUUACAUUUGGACAGGCCUCCAGCUGUGUGUGUGAUGACCGAGCCGGAGGUGCUGACCGAAGUCCCGGCGGCGCUGAAGCGCCUGGCCAAGCAGGUGGUACGUGGUUUCUACGGCAUCGAGCACGCUCUGGCUCUGGACGUGCUGAUCCGCAAUGCCUGUGUGCGUGAGGAGGACAUGCUGGAGCUGCUCAAGUUUGACCGCAAGCAGCUGCGCUCCGUGCUCAACACUCUGAAAGCCGACAAGUUCGUCAAGUGCCGCAUGCGCGUGGAGACGGCGCCGGAUGGCAAGACCACACGUCACAACUACUACUUCAUCAAUUACAGGCUACUGGUCAACGUGGUGAAGUACAAGCUGGACCACAUGCGGAGACGCAUCGAGACGGACGAACGCGACUCCACCAACAGGGCGUCGUUCCACUGUCCCAACUGCUGCAGCACAUUCACCGACCUGGAGGCCAACCAGCUGUUUGACCCAAUGACAGGGACGUUCCGCUGUACGUUCUGCCAGACUGAGGUGGAGGAAGACGAGUCGGCCGUGCCGAAGAAAGAUGCGCGGACGCUGGUUGCCCGCUUCAACGAGCAGAUCGAGCCCAUUUAUGUGUUGCUACGGGAGACUGAAGAUGUCAACCUGUCGCAUGAGCUACUGGAGCCUGAGCCUACAGAAAUCCAGGCUCUGAAGCAGAGUCGGGAGCGUGCAGCUCAAUCUGGAGGUUCAGCGGCGGCUGGAGCGGCGGGUCGGGAGGUCUGGAGGACGAAGGGCUCGUCAUAUGCCGAUCUAUACACGCAGAAUGUCGUGAUCAACAUGGAGGAGCAGGAGAGCCAGCAGACCCAGGCAGCCGAGGCCAAAGCCCCCAAAGAGAGACCGGUGUGGCUGACUCAGAGCACCGUGCAGGGCGCCUACAACGAGAACGACGCCCUCAAAGCUGCUGGCGAGGACUCCAUGGUAACCCAGGAAGGUAUGGCUGGACGAGGCCAUGUGCAGGAUGAGAAUGAGGAAGUGAUGCGUGCCCUCCUCAUCCAUGAAAAGAAGAGUGCACCUGCACCAGUGGGCGGAGCCAUUCACAGGCCCCCCAUCCCGGCAGCCAACGCCAGCGACUCGGAGAGCGACACCAGCGAAUCGGACGAGGACUCUCCGGUCCAAGCCAUCGCUGCUCCACCGAAGCCGGGCCGACUGGACGAAGACGACGAGGAUGAUGAGGACGAUGAGUUUGAGGAGGUGGGAGAUGAUCCGAUGGUGAUGGUGGGAGGAAGAGCUUACUCCUACAGGGAGGUGAGCCAGAGGCCAGAGCUGGUGGAGCAGAUGAGCACCCAGGAGAAGGAGGCCUACAUUGAGAUGGGGCAAAACCUCUUCCAGGACAUGUACUUUUGAGGAACCUGUGCUCUCAGUCUCCCCCUUUCUCUCUCUCUCUCUCUCUCUCUCUCUCUCUCUCUCUCUCUCUCUCUCUCUCUCUCUGUCCACUCUAGCUCCUUUAAUGCUCACUUCAACACUGUGGUACCACGCUGUUGCUUUUGGAACAUUGACACACACUGUGUGGGGAAUUGUGCUGAAGGUCAAACUCCCACAGAGGGGUGCAGUAUUAUUCUGUUCUACAGGACUCCUGAUGACAUUUCUUCUCACUCACUUACACGAGUACCACACAGUCAAGGUAUUUUUGUCUUGAAUUCCAGAAUAAAAAUAUCCCCACACACACACACACACACACACACAGAUAUGUGUUUGCUUUUCUGGUUUGGUUUUCAGUCCCACACUCUCUUGGGCAAAUAGCAGAGGGUUCAGUGUUUAAGUUAAUGUCUGGAUACAGGGUGACCUUCCAGAAUGCCUGCAUAAUUAAAAAAACCUCACACUGGAGGGUCCUGAAGCUGUUGAUUUGCCAUUUGAGACGGCAGAGGUAUACAUAUUAGAGACCUAGAUGGUUAAUGGCGCCAUCUUACACAGAGUCGCAAUACUGGUACUCCAUCAAGGAUGACAGUUACAUUUAAGUUUAAAUAAUAAAAAAAAAAGCAGAUAUAACCGAAAUGUCGAGGUGUACCACAUUUUUCUGCAACAGCACCUCAUUUAAGUGUUGUCUAAGCUUAUGUUAUGUUGUGAGGUUAACUGGUGUUAGCUUGUAUGUGUAUUGUCUACUGUUGGGUUACUCAAAGCAUCAGUGGAUAUUGUGUUAUUAGAUUAGAUGUCUAAUUUCCUAAAGUCAGAUAAGGACACGGUCAUUUUAGUGGUGGAAAAAUCCACUGUGGUCGUCAGACCUAAAUUAUGAGUGUGUACGAAUUUUUCAAUUGUUUUUUUUUUUUUUUUUUUUUUCACCAUUUAUAGUGUAUCAUAGGUUAUUUAAUUUGUGUAUUCAGACUUUCAAAUGCACUAUACUAAGAUAAAGCUGUACUCAGAAAACAAUCACUUAAAGAAAAAAAGAAACAAUGCAAAUAGCUUUAGUAGUGCAUCCUAUGUUACCUAUCUAGGUCUCUAAUAUACAGUGUGUAUAUGUACAUCUUCAAGGUGUCACAUGGUAUAAACAUUUCAUUAUUACCAUGCUAAAGAUCCUUCAUCUUCCCGCUCUUCCUCUUAAGCCUCUCUCCUCUUUCUGGACAGUAUUUUGGGAAUAUGUUGUUAUGGAGGGAAAAAAAUCUUUCAUUGUCAAACAGGCCCUCUUCUCUCUUUCUAUGAGGAAAUGUACUUUGUUUAAUUGAAUAUGAACACAUGAUGUUUUUUAAGGGGUGGGUGUGGAUAAAGUGACUUCUUUAACAGCAAUAAAGAGCUGUUGGUAAAUGUGUGUGUUUCUGAAUUUGAUUGCCGGUUGCAGGCAGGGGUUGUGUAUCCUAAUGGAGAACGAUGUUGCCUCCGAACAUUUUAAUGAUAAAUGGACAUGUUUUUGUGAUGUUUUUUCAUAUUAUUCUUUUUCUGUGUGUUAAAAAAGACUCAGUGUUUCUCUCUACAAAUUUGACUACAAAUUCAACAAAAUAAUAGUGUCACAGCCAAAGCCAAUCACAGGCCAGAGUUAAUUUCUGACUUGUAAUUCAGUGUUUUGUUCUUUCUUACUAUCUUACUAUCUCUUACUAAGCUGCAUUUGAAGAGUUGGAGUAGAAAACCCGACUAUUUUGGAAAAGGUUAAAAUGUGCAGUGUGAGAUUGUUGCAAUAAAAAACACUUUUACUGAUUAUAGUGUAGUGCAGGGGAGGACUGUGAGUGCCUGGGACAAGCAGAUUGUGCCUCCCGGCUGCACGUUGGCUACACGUUCUUUUUCUUUUUUAGAAAAUUUAAAUAAAUAACUGCCUUGCACAAAAUAAAACUUUUCAUCUGAGCUGUUUAAACACCACGUCCAAGCUGUUUUUUU